AUGCGUGGAAACCCACACCACACCAAGGCCCGAGUGUGGAACUCGUGGCUGGUGAAGGGCCUAACAAUUGGGAUAUUCCUAAAUCUUCGGAUACUCCGAGAAUCCGUUCCGACAAUUGCCACCAAUUGCCAUGUCUUUGGACUUCCUCUGUUCGUCUCUUUCACCUCCAAGCUUCCGCUUUUACUUCGCUCCUGUCACCUAAACCCUCAGCGCCGCCACCUCACUGCUCUGUCUCCGUCACAUGUCCCGGACUCCACCAGGAACCAUCAAGCACUUGGAUGCUUUCAUAUUGCGGUCUCGCCGGGGUAUGAAUCAGCUCUCUUUGCGUCGAAGCUUAUAUCUCGGUGCGCAGAGUUCAACGACCUUGCGGGUGCAGUUUCUGUCUUCAACUCUCUCGACAAUCCCAAUAUUGUGCUAUGGAAUUUGAUCAUCAAGGCGCAUGUUGAUCUCGGAGCUCCUCGUGAGGGGCUGGUGUUGUACAGAAGAAUGCGAGAAUCGGCCGUUAAGCAUGACCAGUUCACGUUCCCGAUCGUGAACAGAGCCAUUUCUGCAGUGAACGGCGAUGUGUUAUGUGCAGGAAUGGUGCAUUGUUUGGCGGUAAAGAUGGGUUUUGAAGCAGACUUGUAUUUCUGCAACACCAUGAUAGACGCUUACUGCAAACGCGGGAAGACUAGCUCUGCAGUUAACGUGUUUGAGACAAUGGCUCAGAGAGAUUUGGUUUCUUGGACCUCCAUGAUUUCAGGUUGGCUCUCUGGGGGAAGUGCUGCAAUGGCUGUUGAUUUAUUUAAUGCAAUGAGGAUCGAGUUCGAUCCCAAUGCCGUCACGGUGAUGAUCCUUUUGCAGGGAUGUUGUGCUCCUGAGAGGUUGAUUCUAGGCAGGCAACUUCAUUGCCUCGCGACGAAGAGUGGAUUAUUAUCGGACGCAUUUGUGCGGAACUCGGUUCUGAGAAUGUACGCCAGAGGUGGGGAGCUGAAGGAAGUUGAAAUCUUCUCCAAUGAGCUUGAUGAGAAUGAUAUAGUCUCGUGGAAUAUUUUAAUUUCAUUCUACUCCGCUAGGCGAGAUACGCAAAGAGUCGUUGGAUUGUUCAAUGAGAUGCAGCAUAAAGUUCCACUCAAAGCAGAGACUCUAACCUUAGUAGUUUCGACAUUGGCAAAUUCUAAUAACAAAAGUAUUACACAAGGUGAGAUGCUACACUGUUAUGCUCUGAAAUCUGGGCUCCGCGACAUUGUUCUGGAGACUUCUUUGUUGGACUUCUACACCAAGUUCGGGCACAUUGAAAACUCGUUUAAGUUGUUCGAAGAAAUUCCUCAUAAAAACAGUGUAACUUGGAACGCAGUGAUGUCAGGUUUCAUUCGUAAUUGGCACUUUGAAGAAGCCAUUGGAGCGUUCCAUCAGAUGCUGGCUGCAGGUCUUGAACCCACGCCAGAGAUCUUGACAAGUCUGACUGAUGGAUGUGCCCAUAUCAGUGCAUUACGAUCGGGUAGAGAAGUCCAUGGUUACCUUAUCAGAAACUUGUUCAGUCAAUGCUGGGAAGAGCAUACAGUAACGCACCUGAACACCUCCAUCAUCAACAUGUAUUUCAGAUGCGGAGACAUUUCUUCUGCUAGAUUAUACUUUAAUACUCUGGUGACAAAAGACACUAUAACAUGGUCUUCCAUGAUUGAGGGCUACGGCACCCACGGGCUUGGCUCUGAAGCAGUCCAGAAUUUUCAGUUGAUGUUGGAUGAAGGAGCUGAACCGAAUGGAGUCACUUUCUUAAGCUUGUUAGCUGCCUGCAGCCACUCGGGGCUCGUGGCAGAAGGCUGCAGGUUCUUCUCCAUGAUGGAGCAGAGAUUUAACAUCGACCCCGACCUAGAUCAUUACACUUGCUUGGUGGACCUCUUGGCCCGUUCCGGAAGGCUGAAGGAUGCCUUGGCUGUGAUCACUAAAAGGGUGUCCCGUCCCGAUAGUAGAAUUUGGGGAGCUAUUCUAGCUGCUUCGAGGAUUUAUGGUGACAGGAAAGUCGGGAAAUUCGCAGGGCAGAGGCUCUUGGAAUUGGAGAGCGAUAAUGUCGGGUACUAUACUCUGUUGAGCAAUGUCCAGGCUAGUGAUGGAAAUUGGUCUCAGGUAGAAAUGGUGAGGCAAGAGAUGACCGAAAAGGACUUGAAGAAGAAACCCGGGUGGAGUUGCUUCAUGGACCGGGGAAGGAUCCACGGAUUCAUCUCAGGGGAUAGGACGCACUGUGAAGCUGACAAAGUAUAUGAAAUUCUGCAACAGUUGGGUAGGAACAUACGAGAAACUCACCGAAUGUGAUUGGCCUGGCCAUCGGAAACUGCCAAGUGUGCUCCAAGAACUUUGGACUAGUGAUGUUUGUCAUCAAAGGAGAUAUAAGAUCUUACUUCCAUUGAUCAGAUCAGGCG